CGCUGUACUUCGCCGCCAUUUACGACUGAGGGGACCCAUGCCGAUCCUCAGACGCGACACGACCUGCGGCACCAGCCGCCGGUGAGAGGCGACAUGCUGAGGUUGACGUGGAAGUCUGCCGACAAGAUGAGGUGUCUGAGGAAGAGAUCCAUGCUGCCUCUGCUGGGCUUCCUGGUUGCCUUUCUCCUGUUCUUCAACCUCUACCUGGACAUGGAUCGAUACGUGCUGGAUGCAGAAAAGCACCAGCUGGGUGAGACGUUGCUGCAUCCCGCCAACUCUGAGCGAUACAUCCACACCUUCCGCGACCUGUCCAAUUUCUCUGGGAUCUUAAAUGUGACGUACCGCUACCUGGCGGGCUUCCCCCUGGCGCGGAAAAAGUACCUGACCAUCGGGCUGUCGUCCGUGAAGAGGAAACGCGGGAACUACCUCUUGGAGACCAUCAAGUCCAUCUUCGACCAGUCCAGCUACGAGGAGCUGAAGGAGAUCGUGGUGGUGGUCCACCUGGCUGACUUCGACGCGCUGUGGUGCGAGAACCUCCUGCAGGAAAUCAGCCGCAAGUUCUCGCACCACAUCAUCGCCGGUCGCCUGCUGGUGAUCCAGGCUCCCGAGGAGUACUACCCGUCCCUAGACGGCCUGAAGAGGAACUAUAACGACCCGGAGGAGCGGGUGCGCUUCCGCUCCAAGCAGAACGUGGACUACGCCUUCCUGCUCAACUUCUGUACCAACCUCUCCGACUUCUACAUGAUGCUAGAGGACGACGUCCGUUGCUCUCGUAACUUCCUGACGGCUUUGAAGAAGGUGAUCGCCUCCCGGGAGGGCUCUUACUGGGUCAUGCUGGAGUUCUCCAAGCUGGGCUACAUCGGGAAGCUCUACCACGCGAGGGACUUGCCGCGCCUGGCGCACUUCCUGCUCAUGUUCUACCAGGAGAUGCCCUGCGACUGGCUGCUUAUCCACUUCCGCGGCCUGUUGGCCCAGAAGGACGUGAUCCGCUUCAAGCCGUCGCUCUUCCAGCACAUGGGCUACUACUCGUCCUACAAAGGCGUCGAGAACAAGCUGAAGGAUGACGACUUCGAGGAGGACACGGUAGACAUUCCUGAUAAUCCGCCAGCCCGCCUCUACACCAACAUCGCCGUCUUUGAGAGCUACGCUGCCGCCAAGGCCUACAGCGCCGUGGACGAGUACUUCUGGGGCAAGCCGCCGUCGACUGGGGACUUCUUUGUGGUGGUCUUCAACAAGUCGGCCAAGAUCAGCAAGAUCAAGAUCGCCACCGGUUCCGAGGACAGGCGGAAUGACAUCCUCCAUCACGGUGCCGUGGAAGUGGGUCAGAGACGCACGGAGGCCAAGCACGACGGCCAGUGCGCCUCCUACAUCACUCUGGGGGAGUUCAGAGGCGGCAGGGUGGAGGUCCGGGACGUGGAGCGCAAGAUCGGCUUCGAUGUGGACUGCGUGCGCAUUGUGGUGACAGCCAGCCAGAAGGAGUGGCUCAUCAUCAGAACCAUCAGCCUAUGGACCGCACAGCCGAGCGGCCCUUUGAUCAAGUGACCAAUCAAAUCAUCUGGGACCACUGCGAGUGGUCGUAAAAAAAGUACAUUGUUUAGUUUUUUUCCCCAAAACUUUUUUUUCCCCACAUACUAAUACGAAUCCACCCUUUAUACUUAAUUUUCCUAAUAUAAAAAGAAAUGUGUUCAUAUGUGUCUCCUGUCUUAUUUUAUUUUUUACAUUUUGUUUCGGAAGUUUAGGAAUUAAAGUGCUUUUCAAGCAAGUUCCACACACGGCCUUUUUUCAUUCCAUUCCUUCAUAUUAAAGUCAGCAAAGGGACAAUCAUUGCAUGAUCAUUAAAUACAGUUAGCAUAGAUUUUUCCGGAUCAAUCGAUUGAGAAUAUUAAAAGUUUGCGGCCUUUAUUUACGAAUCCUUCUACAUGUGAGCAAUAUUGAGUUGGGCCAAGCCAGGGACUUUGUAAUCGUGAUGCAAAACGCAGUAACUGGCAAUCAGGAAGCUAGCUGAUGCUAACGCGGUUGCUACACAGGAGUCAAAUGAUAGUAUUUUGUUUUUAUUAAAUAAAAUACUGCUUGUCCUGCCAAUUGAAAUAUAUAUAUUUUCAAGGAAAUGCCUUAUCAGCCAUCUCUGAGUGUUAUCUUUUGGUGUGUGUUUUAAAAGUGACCCCAACCCCGCAAUCUACUCGGAAAACGAUCAGGCUAACAAUUGCUAAUGUUAAAUCUGUUCGAUAUUUCGGAUAGUGUUUGUGUAACGUCUCGUUUCACUACAAUAUGAUAAGCGCUAAUAGUUUAGCCUAGCUUGUUUCAUUUCUUUUCCCCCCUUUUUAAAUAUUUCUUUGAGAUCCGAUUGAAUACAGUCAUUCCUUCUGGUUGUUCCAACAUGCUGUUCUUCACUUCUUCUCAUCAGAUGUCGAAAACAGCAGUCUUGCUUCUGGUACUUUCUACUCCGACCCACUGGCGUAUUCAUUUCUUAUUCAGUUUUUUUCCUCUUCACUCCUGACAUCCAUCUCAACAUCAAAAAAAUAUGUCGACUUGGCUUUGAUAUCUUCCCCCACAUAUUGCCAUUUUUGAAUCACAUCUACUUGUGAAAGAAAAAAAAUAUAUUUUUCGAACAUGACAGCGUUUUAGUCGUACGGGACUUCACUGCAAUAACGUGUUCUUGUUU